AUGUCUGCCACGACCAAAAAGCCCAAGGCGAAGCCCGCUGCAGGUGCUAGCGUCGACCUCGAGUUGCGCCCCGCGCCUAGCUUCUUGGAGCACCGUCUCUCCCUCUUCGACAAGCUGUGGGCCGAGCAACAGCAGGCUUUCACUCAGAAGCCACGCGAACAGAUCAACAUUACCUUGCCCGACGGAAAAGUACACGUGGGAACGUCAUGGGAGACCACGCCCUUCGAAAUCGUACGCGGCAUUAGCAAGAGCUUGGCUGAACGCACCGUCGUAGCCAAGGUCAACGACGAACUGUGGGAUCUCACUCGUCCAUUCGAAGCCGACUCUACCCUGGCCUUCUACGAUUUCACCACUGAAGAAGGAAAGAAGGUCUUUUGGCACAGCUCUGCCCACAUUCUUGGAGAAGCAGCUGAACGAAGAUUUGGCGCACAUCUGGCCGUCGGUCCCCCAACGACAAAUGGCUUCUACUACGAGAUGGCGCUGCCCGACAACCGUGCCGUCAGCUCUACCGAAGACGUCGAUCCCUUGACUAGUUUGGCUACUUCCAUUAUUGGCGAGAAGCAGCCAUUCCAGAGGUUAACAGUCACAAAGGAACAAUUACUAGAGAUGUUCAAGUCCAACAAAUACAAGCAACAUAUCAUUGGCGACAAGAUUCCCGACGGCACCUCUACCACCGUCUACCGAUGUGGUCCUCUGAUUGAUCUUUGUCGGGGUCCUCACGUCCCAGACACAGGCAAGAUUAAGGCCUUCGGUAUUCUCAAACUCUCGGCAUCAUAUUUCCUGGGUGACCCUGCCAACGACUCCCUCCAACGUGUUUAUGGAAUAUCCUUCCCCGACAAGAAGCAACUGGCUGAGCAUCUCAAGUUCCUCGAAGAAGUUGCUAAGCGAGACCACCGAAGAAUCGGAAAGGACCAAGAGCUGUUCUUAUUCCACGACCAGUCGCCUGGCUCUGCCUUUUUUCUCCCUCACGGUACUAUAAUAUACAACACUCUCCAGAGCUUCAUCCGCAAGGAAUACUGGAAACGUGGUUAUCAAGAAGUCCACUCUCCCAACAUGUUCAACUCUGCUUUGUGGAAGAAAUCUGGCCAUUGGGAACAUUACCAUGAAGAUAUGUUCACCUUCGAGGUUGAGAAAGAUAUCUGGGCUCUGAAGCCAAUGAAUUGCCCAGGCCACUGCCUAAUUUUCGCCUCGAAAACACGUUCGUAUAAGGAGUUGCCUAUUCGCAUGGCCGAAUUUGGCGUUCUUCACAGGAACGAAGCGUCUGGUGCUUUAAGUGGAUUGACUCGUGUACGACGUUUCGUACAAGACGAUUCGCACAUUUUCUGCACAGAAGAUCAGGUCGGUGAGGAGGUUUUGGCAGUAUUCGAUUUCCUUCGAAGUGUCUAUGGCAAACUUGAUUUUACUUUCAAACUGAAGCUGUCGACACGGCCCGAAAAGUUCUUGGGUAGCAUAGAGACAUGGGACAAGGCCGAGAAGACCUUAUCAGAUGCUCUCGAUAAAUUCUAUCAAGGCACGGCGUCCUGGGAACUGAACCCCGGCGACGGUGCGUUCUAUGGGCCCAAGGUCGACAUUACGAUUUGCGAUGCACUUGGCCGUGACUUCCAGUGUGCAACCAUCCAACUGGACUUCCAGCUACCACAGCGGUUUGAUUUAUCGUACCAGGUAGCUGACGAGGCACCUGCCUCGGCCGCCGCUUCGACCGCUCUCGUUCGCCCUGUCAUCAUUCACCGGGCCAUCUAUGGCAGCUUCGAGCGCUUUAUCGGCAUUCUUACGGAGCACUUUGCUGGUAAAUGGCCUUUCUGGCUGAGCCCUCGUCAAGUCAUGGUCAUCCCCGUCAUGGUCAGCGCAAACGACUAUGUCACGGAAGUACGGGCCUUGUUAAGAGAAAACGAGUUCCACGCCGAUGUAGAUCUCAGCGCCAAUACAUUGAACAAGAAGAUUCGACAGGCCCAGCUCCUCCAGUACAACUUUAUCCUUGUCCUCGGCGCGAAGGAAAUGACUGAUCGCACUGUCACUAUCAGAAGCAGAGAUUCUGCAGAGAAGGCGCAGAGUGCAGAACAAGUCGUGUUGCCGUUAGACGAGGCGAUUGUCAAGUUCAAGGCUCUAAGGCAAUCUCAGGAUCUACAAAACAAGCUUGAGUAG